CGGAACCAGUUUUGACAAUUUGGUAGAUGUUUAUUUUUUGUGCACCAUGUAUGCCACUGGGACUGAAAGUUUGAUCAAACAGGCAAGAGACAUACAAGAGGAGGAGCUGCAGAAAUUUUAUGGACGCAUAUCUAAACUCCUUCGUUCAACUAAAGAGCACGGAAAUGAAGCUGUUGACUCCCUACAGAGACUCCACUUAAUAGUCUCGGCUACCAAAUAUGCGAGAACCCUCCCGCCAGAUCUUUUAAAGUCGCUCCAGGCGCUGCUGCGUUCUCCGACAUGUCCCGAGCACUUGCAGGUCCUCUCCUCGUCCAUUCUGAGAGAGAGUCUGCCCCUGAGUGUUCACAGCCUCUCCACCGAUUUCACCUCAGACGUCAGGACGAUAAGCUACCUCGCAACUGUUGUCCUUUCACAGGCUGCAAGCAAGGAGGAGUUGACGUUCCUUUCCCAGUAUUUACUGAAGAACUUGGAGUCUCGUCAACCUGAGGGCCAAAUUCCUAGACACACCCUUCCCAUCCUUUCAAAGAUGAUAAGCUUUACCCCAGAAAUUCUCAAAGAGGAUCAGGUGAAUCUAGUCAGCCGGAAACUGGUCGACUGGCUUCGGUAUGCCAGUGUCCAGCAGAGCACUUCCAUAUCCUCAGGCGGCUUCUUCGCUGGACCCAGAGCUCGCCAGCCCGUGCCAAUGACGGAGGUGGAUGGAGCAGUGGUUGGGGAUUUCUUCACUGUUCUGUGUGUGGGACAGAGUUACACUGAAGACCAGUGGAUGAACAUGUAUGCAUUCUCCAUGAUCAGGAAGUGGCUGCUCACCUACGACACAGAGGGAGCCUCUGCUGGAGAUUCAGCUCAGCUAAAAAGAACACAGAUCAGUGAGUCACAGAAUCAAGAUGACAGGUCAGAGGUCGACAGUUCAGUGAUGUCCAUGGUCUCGGCCACCUCCUCCGCCAGCCGACUCCUCCCUCCUAAGGAGCGACUGAGGGAAAAGGCUUUCGAGUACUGUCAGAGGCUCAUCGAACAAAGUGACCGCAAGGCUCUGAAGAGGACAGACACAGAACUACAGAAAGCAUGCCUUGUGGAGUCAGUGGCCAUAAUGGACCUUAUCUGCUGUGAGGACUCGUCCUACGUGUAUCGUGCCUUUCCCUGUAUCAAAGCUCUGUACGGCAGACUCAGCGGAGACCUCCUGUUCGCCCGGGCCCUCCUGCCCAUCGCCCAGUUCUACCUGAACCACAGCGAGACUGCCGCUGUGGAUUCGGAGGCUGUGUUCCGCCAGCUCUUUGGCGCUUUUCCGGCCGAGCUGUUCAACGAGCCCAUGCUGGCCUUCGAGUUUGUCCAGUUUUGCCGACUCAACGAGGCAGUGCUGAAGGACAGCGUCGCUCUCUGCAGACAGAGCUUUCCCAAUCUCCUUAAGUUCCUGGCAUGGAACAGUCCAGCCCUCAUAGCUGAGUUUGUGGAGCUGCUGCCCUCUCUGCUGGCACCCGAGACAGCUAUUGAGUUACUCCACACGCUCCUGGAUCUGCCCUGCCUGGCUGCUUCUCUGGAACUUCAGCAGAGGUCAGCUUCUUACCAGCCCUCAGAGCGUGUGCAGUGGGACCAGGGUGGCAAGUUGGCUGCCUGUCUGGAGGCCUUCCGCCAACCCUCCUACAGAGGCCUGUUUCUCUACAUCCUCAGACCAGAGGCAGGGACAGGAGACACAAUAGACAGGUUAAGCGCGCUCCACGAGAUCCUGGCCCCUAUGGGGGAGAGUCCACGCGUCUUACACUGCGCCCAGAUUGUCCCUGUGCUUCUGCAUGUUUACUUUAACAAUGUCACACAGUUUGCUGAUGGAAAGCUGCUGAACCAGCUGCUACUGGUUCUGUUGGAGAGAAGUGGCCUGUUGUACAACGUAAAAACCUUUCCCACAGAAGUACAAAGAGUGUUUAGUACUCACCUGCGGGCUUUGUGUAAGCUCCAUCCGGCUCUCAUUAUUGAUCAGCACAGAGAACUCCUGGACUUCACUGCCUCUACUGCCAACAUCUACAGCAAAGAGGAUUUCUACACACACAUGGUAUGGGUGAUUGGAGAGUACCUGUCUGUCACGUAUGAUUCCCGCUGCACCGUGGAGCUGAUCACCUCCUAUUUCGAGAGCCUGGAGGCUGUGCUGUUUGAGGUCACCCAGGUGCGGAGGUCAGCCAGCCCCCCGUCUUACUCCCCACGGGUCAUCACCGUGUUAAUGACCACCCUGGCCAAACUGGCCUCGCGCAGUCAGGACCUCAUCCCCAGAGCAUCAUUGUCCCUGUCUAAGCUGCGCUCGUUUUCCUGUAGCGAGGUGGUGGCGGCCAGCUACAGUGAGGACGACAGAGAGGAGCUUGUCACCAGGGCGCACGAGCUGAUCAACCUGCUUAAACUGCCCAACGUGGCUCAGUUUGUCCUGGCCCCCUCGGCGCCCGGAGACAGCACGCGUUGGCACAGAGACACUAAUACCUCACUGCCCCAAGGCAUGAAGGCAAUCAAUGACCUGUUACACAAACAGUCCAGCUUCCUGCCUGCUUAAUCAGAGCCUGACUUCACCUGUGUGUGUGUG